AUGUUUUCAAGCCUCGGUCUGCUUGAUAGAUUCCUCGCAGUAUGGAUUUUCCUCGCCAUGGCAAUCGGUAUCAUUCUAGGGAACUUUGUCCCAAGUACAGGCCCUGCUUUGCAAAGAGGGAAAUUUGUUGGAGUAUCGGUUCCCAUUGCGGUCGGUCUGCUGGUGAUGAUGUACCCAAUACUGUGCAAAAUCAAAUUCGAAUCGCUCCAUCAUGUUUUUCGGACCAAAGAUAUCUGGGUGCAGAUGGCGUUCAGUGUAGUAUUGAAUUGGAUCAUUGCGCCAUUUCUCAUGUUGGGUUUGGCUUGGGCUUUCCUGCCCGAUGAGCCGGAACUGCGACAAGGACUUAUCGUUGUUGGAUUGGCACGAUGCAUUGCCAUGGUACUGAUUUGGACGGGGUUAGCAGGAGGUGAUAACGAGUAUUGCGCAAUUCUCGUCGCCCUCAACUCAGUCCUGCAAAUGGUAUUGUUCGCCCCGAUGGGAGUUUUCUUCAUCAGCGUGAUCAGCGGCGACGAGGUCAACUUCGAAUACGCCACAGCAGCCAAAAGCGUGGCUGUCUUUCUUGGCAUCCCCUUGGGAGCUGCGAUCGUGACACGUUCCGCCCUUCGACGGAUUUCCGCCAGAUGGUACGAUCAGACAUUUUUGAAGUGGCUCAGUCCAUGGUCCCUCAUUGGAUUACUCUUCACAAUCCUUGUGCUUUUCGCAUCACAAGGCCACCACGUCGUGCAGCAGAUUGUCUCUGUCGUCCGAGUAGCAGCACCACUUAUUGUUUAUUUCAUGAUCAUCUUCUUUGCCACGCUCUUGGUGACAUAUAAAAUUGGAUUUGGCUAUAAACUCUCCACGGUCCAGAGUUUCACUGCUGCUAGCAACAACUUCGAACUGGCUAUUGCUGUUGCGGUGGCUAUGUUUGGUGCUGAUAGCAACCAGGCCCUUGCGGCGACGGUUGGGCCACUCAUUGAGGUUCCUGUUUUGUUGGGGUUGGUAUAUGCCGUUAAGUGGAUAGCGAAACGGACCGAUGAUCUCGCCCGCAUUCGCAACAAUCAGCGGCGAUCAAGGGCAAAAAGACUUGAAUACAUCCGGGAACUUGAAGACAAAGCACGGAAAUACGAAGAACUGAGUACAUCUCCCGAUCAACCAUCGCGGGAAGAUUUCAAGAAGCUACAAACGGAGAAUGCCUGGAUGAGAGGGCUCCUGGCAACUCUGGACAUCAACUUUAAUCCUUUGGAUGCGCCUCCAGGUAGUAUUCUUGACAAUGAUCCUAGUAUCUCAACAUCGAUCAUGUACCCUUCCGCAGGAGAUUUCAUUGCCGAAAAUCUCGCAUCGAAUACAGUUCCAGCCCCAUCGGCCUCUACGGAGGACUGGAAUACUUUGGCAUUGAUGUCGAAUACAGGAGAUCUCAUGGGACUAGAUCUCGAUUCUUUCUCGAUAUUCAAUGAGAGCAGUCUUCCCUGUCGGAAUCCUGUCUCAGCGCAAUCAAACUUCGAAGGUGACCACUGCCAAGAACCUGAAAGGCUUCCUUCAAAGGGACCAACUAAUGAAAAUACAACUCUGUGCUCGCUGGCAUGUCAAUGGGUGAUUCAAUGUAACACGAAAGGCGUCGAGCUGGAUGUCUUAUACUUCCGGAUGGAGCGUGGCUUCAAAGCAGGGAACAGCCCACUGGACGGAUGCAGGGUUGAUAAUCAAGUCUUAUUGAGUGUUUUGACUGAAAUAUCCUAA